AUGGCGGAGCAGAGGAACCGUUGGAGCUGGGACGUCGCCGGCUUCGACCCGUGGAAGUCAUCUCCGCCGUUGCAAUCUCCGCCGCCUCCCCUGGAGCACGCUGAUCGGAAACCUUCUGCGCCAUUGGUGCGGCGCUACUCCAUUUCUGCUACGUCGGUUCUUCCGCAACCCAGGCAGUCCGUGGCCUUGAAGCUUCAACGGUUGAAAGACAAAGUCAAGCUUGCUAGAGAAGACUAUGUGCAAUUAAGACAAGAGGCAACUGAACUUCAAGAAUAUUCAAAUGCAAAACUGGAUCGAGUUACACGAUAUCUAGGUGUUCUUGCAGAGAAAACCCGCAAGCUAGAUCAUGUAGCCCUUGAAACUGAAGCAAAGAUAGCUCCGCUGAUCAAUGAGAAAAGAAGACUAUUCAAUGAUUUAUUAACUUCUAAAGGAAACAUACGAGUAUUUUGCCGAGCAAGGCCAUUAUUUGAAGACGAAGGUGCUUCAGUUGUUGAAUUUCCAAAUGACUAUACCAUUAGUGUAAAUACUGGUGAUGAAUCCUUGUCUAAUGCCAAGAAAGACUUUGAAUUUGACCGAGUUUAUGGACCUCAUGUGGGUCAAGCUGAGUUAUUUAGUGAUGUUCAACCACUGGUACAAUCAGCUUUGGAUGGAUAUAAUGUUUCCAUAUUUGCAUAUGGACAAACGCAUUCUGGAAAGACACACACUAUGGAAGGAUCAAGCUAUGAUCGAGGUUUAUAUUCUCGUUGUUUUGAGGAGUUGUUUGAUUUAUCCAAUUUAGAUUCAACUUCUACUUCUCAAUAUAAAUUCUGUGUUACAGUCUGUGAGCUAUAUAAUGAACAGACUAGGGAUCUACUUUUGGAGGCAGGGAAAAACACUCCUAAACUCAGCUUGGGGUCACCUGAAUGUUUUGUGGAACUGGCACAGGAAAAGGUUGACAAUCCUGUUGAGUUUUCUUCUGUAUUAAAAGCUGCAUUGCAGACUCGGGAAAAUGAUUUGGCAAAGAAUAAUGUUUCUCAUUUGAUCGUCACGGUACACAUAUUUUAUAACAAUUUGAUCACGGGUGAAAACUCAUAUAGUAAACUCUAUAUGGUUGAUUUAGCUGGAAGUGAAGGUUUAAUAACAGAAGAUGAUAGUGGGGACCGUGUCACAGAUUUGCUGCAUGUUAUGAAGUCUCUUUCGGCGUUGGGAGAUGUUUUGUCUUCUUUAACAUCAAAGAAGGAUAUUUUACCUUAUGAAAAUUCAGUGCUAACAAAACUGCUUGCAGAUUCCCUUGGUGGGAGUUCAAAAACUCUGAUGAUUGUGAAUGUGUGUCCAAGUGUUUCAAAUUUAUCUGAGACAUUGUCGUCUCUCAAUUUCUCUGCUAGAGCUCGAAAUUCUAUGUUAAGCUUGGGAAAUCGAGACACAAUUAAGAAGUGGAGAGAUGUUGCAAAUGAUGCACGAAAGGAGCUCUAUGAGAAAGAAAAAGAAAUUAAUGAUCUGAAGCAAGAGGCUUUGGAGCUCAAGCAAGCGCUGAAAGAUGCAAAUGAUCAGUGUGUUUUACUCUUUAAUGAAGUGCAGAAGGCAUGGAAAGUUUCUUCUGCAUUGCAGACUGAUUUAAAGUCGGAGCAUGUUUUGCUGUCAGACAAACACAAUAUAGAGAAAGAACAAAAUACUCAGCUUAGAAAUCAAGUUGCUCAACUUCUACAUUUAGAGCAAGAUCAAAAAUUGCGGAUUCAAGAGCAAGAUUCAACCAUCCAAAGUUUGCAGGCUAAAAUCAGGACCCUCGAAACUCAACUCAAUGAAACUAUUAAAGCUCAAUCUAGUUCAAUAUCUGUAUCAGAGCCAGAGUCUGCUGAUCUAUCCAAUUCAAAAUUUACUGGAGAUGGCGUAGACUCUUCUGCAGUAACCAGAAAACUAGAAGAGGAACUCAAGAAACGUGAUGCACUGAUUGAGAGGUUGCAUGAAGAAAAUGAGAAAUUGUUUGAUAGAUUAACUCAGAAAGCAUCAACGGCUGGAUCACCCAAGUUGUCAAGUCCAUUAGCUCGUGGGCCAGCUAAUGUUCAGCCUCGGGAUAUGGGAAGAAAUGGCUCUGGCAACACUGCAAGUUCUCGUUCUGUGGCCACGUCACCUUUGGCCACUGAUAAAAGUGAUGGCACAGUUGCUCUAGUUAGAACUGGCUCUGAAAUAGUUAAGAGUACCCCUGCAGGUGAAUAUCUUACUGCUGCUUUGAAUGACUUUGAUCCAGACCAAUAUGAAGGGCAUGCUGCCAUUUCUGAUGGUGCAAACAAGCUUUUGAUGCUGGUUCUUGCUGCUGUCAUCAAAGCAGGUGCCUCUAGGGAACAUGAAAUUCUUGCUGAGAUUAAGGAUUCUGUUUUCUCUUUUAUCAGAAAGAUGGAACCUAAACGUGUGAUGGACACCAUGCUUGUUUCCCGUGUUAGGAUUCUGUAUAUAAGAUCUUUGCUUGCAAGAUCCCCAGAGUUGCAAUCAAUUAAGGUUUUGCCAGUGGAUUGCUUUCUUGAGAAGAAUAAUACUGGGCGCAGUAGAAGUUCCAGCAGAGGAAGUAGUCCUGGUAGGUCUCCUGUGCUAUAUGUUGACGAGCAGAUCCAGGGAUUUAAAGUGAAUUUAAAGCCAGAAAAGAAAUCAAAAUUUUCAUCUGUUGUGUUGAAGAUACGUGGGAUUGAUGAGGAUAUCUGGAGACAGCAGGUAACUGGUGGAAAGCUUAGGGAAAUUACCGAGGAGGCCAAAAGUUUUGCAAUGGGGAACAAAGCUCUUGCUGCACUCUUUGUUCAUACACCUGCUGGUGAGUUGCAGCGCCAAAUUAGAUCCUGGCUUGCCGAGAAUUUUGAAUUUCUAUCAGUAACUGGGGAUGAUGCAUCGGGGGGCUCAACUGGUCAGUUGGAACUUCUUUCAACUGCAAUUAUGGAUGGUUGGAUGGCUGGCCUUGGUGCGGCUCUUCCUCCCCAUACUGAUGCCCUUGGCCAGCUAUUGUUUGAAUAUUCAAAACGGGUCUAUACUUCUCAACUACAACACUUGAAGGAUAUUGCUGGUACCUUGGCAACAGAGGAGGCUGAAGAUGCAGCACAAGUAGCUAAACUACGUUCAGCUCUAGAAUCAGUUGAUCAUAAAAGAAGAAAGAUUCUGCAACAAAUGAAAAGUGAUAUAGCUUUAUUAACAUUAGAAAAUGGUGGCUCCCCUAUUCAAAAUCCUUCUACUGCAGCUGAAGAUGCAAGAUUAGCAUCUCUUAUUUCGCUUGAUAGCAUAUUAAAGCAAAUCAAGGAUAUAACAAGACUUUCUUCUGUGAACAUCUUGAGCAAAAGUAAGAAAAAGAGUAUGCUUGCGUCUCUUGAUGAAUUAAAAGAACAGAUGCCUUCACUUCUCCAAAUUGAUCAUCCAUGUGCUCAGAGGCACAUUGCAGAUGCCCGCUACAUGGUUGAGUCAAUUCCUGAAGAGGAUGACCCCAUUCAAGAUAUAUCUCAUGGUCGGAAGUCAUCAACAGAUCUGAGCUCUGGAUCUGAAACCGACGUGGCACAAUGGAAUGUACUCCAAUUUAAUACCGGCUCGACAUUACCCUUUAUAAUAAAAUGUGGUGCUAACUCUAAUUCGGAACUGGUCAUUAAAGCUGAUGCACGAGUCCAGGAACCUAAAGGUGGUGAAAUUGUGAGGGUGGCCCCUAGACCCUCCGUUUUGGAAAAUAUGAACUUGGAGGAAAUGAAACAAGUUUUUAAUGAACUACCGGAAGCUCUAAGCUUGCUCGCUCUAGCUAGGACUGCAGAUGGCACAAGGGCACGUUAUUCUAGAUUAUAUAGGACCUUGGCUACAAAGGUUCCAUCGCUUAAGGAUUUGGUCAGCGAGCUCGAAAAAGGGGGUGCACUCAAAGAUGUUAGAACGUGACCUUUGGAUGGCAACAUUAUUCUUUACUCCAUGUUCUGAGGUGCCUCUGCUAAGUUCGCUAAUGCUCUUGGAUAUUGCAUUUCUCAAUUUGCUUGCACGUUAUGUUUGUAUGUAGCAGUAAUUAUUUUAGUAUUCUUAGCCUGCAGUUUUGAGUCAGGUAGUUAAUGCAAGUAGCUUAAAACGCAGUUUUUGGUUCAGUUGAAACUGUUAUUAUACACGUUGCAGCAUCAGAUUCGAUUGACAUUAUCCGGUUUUAAAAUAUAUAAGUCAUUGUCUAGCCUCCAGCCAUCUUUUACUCGUUUUCCACCCAUUGUAGUUGUAAUGAACUUCUGGCAGUAAAUAUUAGAAGUGGUUGCGGUUCUCUCCGGA